UGGCUCAGAGGUUGCAGCCUCUCACCAUGGACCUGCCCUCAUGGCUGCUUGGACAGCUCCUGGCCACCACAGUACUUCAGCUUCUGAGCUGCAGCACCGCAGCCCCUUUUCCUACCUUGGCGCCCCCACUUACCAUGGUCAUUAACGGCGAGAGGAAGACCCUAGUGGUUUGUGUGGUGAACGACCUCUCCCAGGACACGGCAGAUGCCAUCUGGUUUUCAAAUGAGAAUGGAAGUGCCCUGGACUCCUUCACUUACGGGGUUUCCAGGGAGGAAGACGGUACAUUCAGCACAGUCUCUCACCUCUCCGUCCACACCGUAGAACUGGAGUCCUGGGAAUCCCUCGCCUGCCAUGUGAGACAGAACAGAACCGCCCAGGUGUGGAGUGCCAGGUCCCUGCUGAUCUCUGAAGACCACGUAGAAGAGCAAUGUCUGGAUGAAGAGCGAAGUGCUCUGCCCGUCUGUUCACAAAUCCUGCUUCUCUUGGCCAUCAGAGCGUUGUUGCUGAAGUUCCUCCUGUUUGACAUACUGAUCACCUGCAGCUUCCUCUUCAAAGGGGGACGCCGAGCCCUACCGCUGAACUCUGCAAAUAGUUCCUCUGCUCAGGCUUGGUUCAGCAACGGAGAAUCAGCCUCGCCUGACAGCAUGGAGAGCAGACCGAAGCAGAGACUGAGUCGGACAGAGUUAGUGACUGGAGCUAGCCAUCCCAGGGGUAGCAGAGACAGAGCUUCCCACACCAUUUCCUUCCACCUUCCACCCAUCUGAGCUAGAGCAAAUCAAAUGACCCACUAGCAGGUGUCCUCACAGUGGGACUUGGAGCAGUUUACAAGGUGUUGCACUUGGUUUGCUCGCCUCUUUGCCCGCUAUGCUGAUGUCAGCGGGGACAUGACCCGUGAUGGGCAUGUACCAUGUGCAGAACAGAUGGUCCCAAGCUGGACCGAAGUGUAGAACAGAAGACAACAAACCUAGGCUAAUGGCGUACCAGCCCAAGUGUUGAGUUGGGUAUGGGCCCAGGUUUCCCUCUUGGUCAUCUGUUCUCAUUUUUUUGUUUGUUUUUUAUUGAUGUCUUACUGGGUAAACUGCAUAGUUUGCAGAGGAGUGUGGAGUUCACAGGCUGCAGCAAUGUACUCCAUGUACUAGCAACAGUGAUACAGGGCUCAUCUCUAGCACCCUACUUGCAAGCGCCAGGAAACACCUUGUUGGUAAAGAAAAUCCUUUUCUGGGCAAAGAGAUCAGUUUGUCUCGGAGUCAGCACCCAGGGAAAUUCGCUUCAGAAGAAGUCCUGUGGCUUUUUGGGUGUUCAAUUAAAAAAAAAAAAAAAAAAAUUUUUUUGACUUUUGAAAUUUUUUAAACCAGCCAAAACUGUUCGCUGAAUUCAGCAAAUAGUUUUGGACCCCCAAAAAUGCAUUUUGUGGUGAAAAAACAGUACUUUUUUUUUUCUUCAAUGUGCCCAGCUCUACUGUUCACACAGAACUAAAACCAAAUCAUGACCAGAACCACAUACAGUCUGAAACUCUUCCAAUCCAUGAGUGGAGUUGUUUCUCUCUAGAUCAGCAACUUCUUCCUGCGCAGUUUACUUUUUUGAAGCUAAGUGCAGCUGCUUCAGUCCCAACACCUGAGGGAGCUGCUCAAAGGUUCCCCCCCCUUCUCAGGUAGGCAUUGCCUAUUUUUAUAAGGGCAACCAGAACUUGGGAAAACCCUUUUGGGUCCCAAGGGAUAUAUUCCGCCUGUUGAAGAGGAAUUUGCUCAGCAUGUAGAGGAAUGAGGAGAAAGAAAACCCAGCCUAUUUUAUAAACAAUUAUAAUAAAUUCAAACCCGUACAGCAUGCCCUCAUGUAUGUGCGUCCAAGUGUUUCUGCAGGUGUGUGUACAGACUGCAGUGACAGCACACCCCAGCCCAGCCCUAUUUGUCCAUAGCUCUUGCAGCCAGCAUUUCUGGCUCUCUCAGGCACUUUUGGGCACUGAAAAAAGAAUAAUACAUUCACAGGCUCCAGCAGCCCCAGAGAAGGGUGGCCCUGGAGUGUGUUGUCCUGGAUAAAAUUGUUCGUUACAAUUAUUAUAUCAAAUAUACCCCCACUUUGGAUAAAAGUAGUCCCUCAAACAAGUUUCUAGUUGUUCUAAACAUUAAAUUAGAAGCUUUCAUGGUCAUUUUAUUGUAAUCAAUUCCAAUUAAUGAAGCCUCCAUGCUGGUCUCAAUCACUCAGACAUAGCUGUUCGUGACUAAGCAUUUAAAAACGCCAAUCAUGUAUUUUUGUUGAUGAUAAAAAAAAUACAGAAAAGGAAGCAAAGAAAAGUUCACUAUCCAUACAUUUCUACAGCUGACCUCGAUAAUAAAAAAAUAUAUUAUUGGCAUUUUAAAAUUCUUGGUGACUAAUGUACAGUACUUAUUGAUGUUAACAAAAAAAUAUAUAUAUAAUGCUUACC